AUGAAGACCUCAUCAACCAAUGAGUUGGAUAAUCAACCGCAGGGUCAGUCAUCACAAGAUCUAACUAGUGUUCAAAAUUCAGAUUUACAACCAACAUGUUUCUCACCGCAUUUCGGUCUUCUGUCUGCUGAAGAGGAAAGUAAAUUAUUAAAUGAAAGUUCGGAGUCAAACAUGGAGGAUAACGAUGAAGCUGCAAAGGAAAAUGGUGAAGAACAAUUGGCAGGUAACCCUACUGGCAAUCUGAAUGACGUCGAAGCUUCGUCACGGGCUCUUCUUGCUGGCAUGAAUGAGGCUAAGAAACCCAAGAAAGUAGUAUCUGAUUAUUACAAGAAGCAAAACGAACUUCUGGAAAACUAUAAGAAUGACAGUGAACAAAUUCAGGUGUUUGUGAAAACUAGAACGAGGCAACGUUUACAAUCGUCAACUAGUGAAGAGCCCCUGGAUUUGGAAGAAAGAAACAACACCAAUUCUUCCAAAGCACCUCUUCUUAAGAAUGUGCCGGGUGAGGAUGAUCUGGAAGUUAUUGAAUCUCAGCCUUCUGUGCAUAAUCUUUCUGUAGCUCAGAAAUCGUCGGUAGUAUCAAGAUCCCAUGAUUCAUUGAUAGCUCGUCAUUCAGCUCAACAAGAGAAAGCUGCUGAUCAUUUCAAAGCAGCCGAUAGAUUAGCCAAAAUAACAUUGCUCGUGAAUGUGUCUUUGAUGUUCGCAAAGGCUUUGGCUUCUUAUUUAUCCGGAUCGUUGUCGAUCAUAUCAUCUUUAGUUGACUCAUGUGUUGAUAUAACUUCAGGACUUGUAAUUUCAAUGUCAACACGGAUGAUUCGUAAGCGGGAUCCUUAUCUCUAUCCUCGAGGACGGACACGUCUUGAACCUUUAGCUUUGAUGAUCAUUAGUGUAGUUAUGGGAGUAGCUAGUUGUCAACUUAUUUAUGAUGCUAUUCAGAGAAUAGUAAGGGCUUAUCACUUUCAGUCCAAAGGGGAAGGAGAAACUCCUACUUUGGAAAUGAGCUUAGAAACUUGUGCAAUUAUGGUUUUCACAAUAAUAGUCAAGUGCAUUCUGUUCCUUGUCUGUCAGAAAUACAAAUCAGAUCCUUCUAUUGAAGUUUUAGCCAUGGACCAUCGUAAUGAUUGCUUAUCAAACUCGAUAGCGCUACUAUGUGCUUUCCUUGCUAAAAGAUACUGGUAUUAUUUGGAUCCUAUUGGUGCUAUUGUAGUUUCUUGUUAUAUUCUACUCACAUGGGUGAAAACAGGCAAAGAACAUCUUAGUAAAUUGAGUGGCAAGAGUGCGGAACCUGAGUUCAUCAAUCGCAUCAUUAAGGUUUGCAUUGAUCAUGAUCCAAGGAUAUCCCAUCUUGACACUGUCUAUGUGUACCAUUAUGGUACCAAAUUCCUUGUCGAAGUUCAUAUUGUUCUGGAUGAAAAUAUGACUCUCAAGGUAGCUCAUGACAUCAGUGAAGCUCUUCAAAUAAACAUCGAGAGUCUGCCAGAUGUCGAAAGAGCAUUUGUGCAUACAGACUAUGAGUAUGAUCAUCAGCCUGGAGAUGAGCAUAAGGUUGUUUGA